AUGAUCGGAUGCAAGCUACUGUAUGAUGUAUGUGAGGCCCUUCAGAUUGCCAAGGAAAAUGACAAACCUUUUGGAGGCAUCAAUAUUAUUUUCAUGGGAGACUUUGCACAACUUCCUCCUGUUGGCCAAGUUCGGUUAUAUGCACAUUUGAACACGCGCUCUACUGGCCAGCUUCAUCAAAUGAAUAUGAUUGGAAAAGUGUUGUGGUACUCUGUAGAUACUGUUGUUCAGCUCCAUGAGGUGAUGUGGCAAGCAGGAUCGGCCAAUGAGGAGUUCAUCUCUUUGUUGGCACUGGAAUCAGUAAGACCGGACUGGAAUACUUUGGACUGGAACACUGCACCUGUGAUUGUGUAUGAAAAUGCAAUCAAGGACGCUGUGAAUGAAGAUAGUGCACGUUCCUUCUCUCGACAUACAGGUUGA